CUCAGUCCUAGAGGUACUUGAGGACCACCAUGGCCGACUCGGUCGACCGCGUGUUUGGCCAUGCCCUCAACACCGUCAACAAGAUCCGCCCUGGAUCGCAGAAGCCGCCCUCGAGCGACCGACUGGCGCUGUAUGGCCUGUACAAACAGAGCAUGGAGGGCGAUGUGUCUCGCAUCUCCGAUCGACCGACAGCAUCAUCCUCAUUCUCAUCAUCCGUCGCCGGAUGCACGCCCGAAACACUCAAGAAAGAGCAAGAGAAGUGGGAUGCCUGGAAGGCAAAUGAGGGCCUGGGUCGAACAGAGGCCAAGAGACGAUACAUUGAAACGCUGAUUGCGACUAUGCGACUGUAUGCCUCGACCACUCCGGAAGCGAGAGAGCUGGUGGAAGAGCUGGAGUUUGUGUGGGAUCAGAUCAAAAACAACUCGCAGCACUCGAGCUCCGAGCACUCGUCGCCCUUGCAGACCAUUGAGCGCCGAGACUACAUGCACUCGGGCCAUUCUAUCAAGGGCCUCAAGAUGCUGGCACCACAGUCCGAAGUCGAUGAGGAUGAGAGAGGAAUGCUGGCGCAGGGAAACGGCGAGGAAGAAGAGGCAGAGGACGGGGAGGAGGAGGUAGAGGAUUUUGUGGAUGCGCCAGUCUCCCAAAUCGACGACGCUGACCUACACCACCAUGCCGCAUCCGAGUCUGCUGGAGACGUCGACUCGUCUCCCCACAAUCGCUUUCGCGCUCGCGCGCCACCACCAACCUCCUCUGCCUCGGACAACCGCUGGCGGAAGCGCAUCGAGUCUUCCUUGAUCAAGCUGACCACCGAAGUGGCAGCAUUGCGCGAACAGCUAGAAACCAGACGCUUUCUCAACUAUCAGCGCAAACACAGCUGGUGGGGAUGGGUGUUGCGCCUGAGCUGGUGGGCUCUCCAGCUCUUCGUGGCCGAUGGCAUUAUCCUGUGGAUCGUCAUCCUGUACAUGCGCCGCAAGCAGGACCGCAGAUUAGAGACUGCCAUUCGUGUCUUGCUGGGCGAUGCUGUCGCUCAGGCACAGAGUGCCGUGAGAGAUGCCAAAAUGCCCACGCUGCUGCCGAAUAUCACGACCAGGGGAAAGGUCAAGUCACCGAAAGGAUGAUCCGACUCUGCGGAAAACCAAUCUACAUCACCAUCGACGCCGCCGCCACGUAGGAGUUGGACGUACUUGCAAUGCAUUGGUUCUGGCGUCCACUCCGCGCUCUUCGGCUCCACAUGCUCCUCGUUCGCAUCCUGAGACCAGGCAAUGUCACUCACAGGCAGCAAAGUCGAUCGCCAUCCCAUAGCUCUCCGCUCGCCUACCAAAACAACAUCACAACUGCAACAAGCGCCUGGAACGAAAUACAUCGUUUUUUUUCACUGCGCAUGAAGAUGGAUGGCCAAAAUGAUAGCUCUAUCUAUCUGGCCCUGUCUGGGUAGUGAAGAGUCAUCAUAAACUCGAUGAAGGGGGUGAUGGCGGAGGAUAUAGCAGAGGAAGAAGAACAGAUACGGUGGCGCUGGUGAGACCACACAUGAUGCGUAGCUGUGCAAGCCGAGACUUGAAGUGUUGCAAGAGAGAGAGAGAGAGAGAGAGAGAGAGAGAGAGA